AUGCUUUUUGAGGUUGCUGCUCCCCUCAGUCUGCUCAGGAAAAAUAUUGGAGUGGAAAGUUCCAGUGACAGCACUGAGAAGCAAUUGGCUGAAGAAGAAGCUGCAGACCUCCCAAUAAUGCCUAUGGAGGUCUCCAAGUUUGGAUUGGCCAUAGACAGUCAGACAACAAAGAAAGCACUGGCUAUAUCCAAAAUUGGAUCAAAUAAAUCUAAAGAAACUGUUCCAACUCUUGCUCCAAAAACCCUUGCAGUAGCAGCACCUUUUAAUGAAGGUGAAGACAGGGAACCAGAGGAAAUGCCUCAAGUAGCAAAGAUGAGGAUGGAGAAUAUUGGAAGGGAUAUGCCAACAUCCGCUGGACCAAACUCUUUCAGUAGAGGAAAGCAUGGGUUUUCUGAUAACCAGAAGCUAUCGGAACGAAAUGUAAAAUCUCAUCUUGGAAAUGUCCAAGAUCAAAACAAUUAA